CGGGUGGAGACCAUGAACUACGUGGGGCAGCUGGCUGGGUCCGUCUUUGUCACGGUGAAGGAGCUUUACCAGGACCUGAACCCUGCCACCCUGACAGGCUCCAUCGAUGUGGUGGUGGUGAGGCAGCCCGAUAACUCCUUCAAGUGCUCCCCAUUCCACGUGCGCUUCGGGAAACUGGGAGUGCUGCGCUCCAGGGAGAAGGUGGUUGACAUUGAAAUCAACGGGGAGCCUGUGGAUCUGCACAUGAAGCUGGGAGACAAUGGAGAGGCCUUCUUUGUCCAGGAGUCAGAGGAGAAUGAGGACAGCAUCCCCUUCUGCCUCUGCACGUCCCCCAUCCCCACGGAGCAGAGCCUGAAGGAUUCUGCCCAGCCGUCCCACGGGCAGGAGGCCACUGGUGCCCAAGUGACCCAGUGCAGGAGGAGGUGGCGCAGGAGAAAGGCCAAGAGGAAGGAGGUGCUGGGCUCAGAGUCUGAGAGCUGUGAUGAGACCAAAGGCAAGAUGCCCGUGGAGGAGCCAUGCAGGCUGCCAGCCCCAAGUGGUGCAGGGUGUUCAUCCUUGGCUGAUGCCCUUGAAGAAGAAGCCCUGUCAUUGCAGUCCCCAGGUGUGCAUCCACACUCAGAUGGGGAGCUGGCCUCUGUGGACAGCUUCAUGCUGAGCCAUCUGUCUUCUCGCAAAAGUGAUUCUGAACUGGAGAUCAAAUCACAGGACAGUUUUGCUCUAGGAACUGAAUCCCACAUGCAGUGGACCUGGGGAAGGCUCCCUCAGGUGAAUAAAUUGGAACGAGUUGAACCAGCCAAGUCCACGAAGACCAUUGCUACUGCAAGAACCUCCAUCUCUACAACACUGGUCCCAGUAGAUGAGGCAAACCCUCUUGCUGCCACCUCUGAAAGUCUGGAAGGGGAUCCAAGCCCAGCAGGACCUCAGGACAUACCCUGUUCCUCGGCUGUGUCUGUUAUUGAGACAACACUUGCACCCCAGGAUGGGAACAGCAUCCCUAGUGCUGAGGGGGCAGAGAGAUUGUUGGGAGCCUCCUCAGUCCCACAAGAGAAACAGGAGGAAGAUGGGAGUGUUGUGCCAGAGGUUCAGCCGGCUGUGGAGCCUGUUGAGGAAGCCACUGCUCGAAGGCAGGUGGGCUCAGAAGGCCCUGAGCAGCAGCUGGAGAGGCAGAGGAGCCAAGGAUCCAUCAAAAGAAGUCCUCACUUGGGUCCCAGUGACAUUUACCUGGAAGAGCUCUCCAAGCUGGAAGAGAAGCAGGUGUCUCUCUAUCUCCCCAGGAGCAGGAGAAGAAACACUGGGGACUCAGAGCAGAGUUUGAGGUCUGUGACAGAGCCCAGCCACCCUCUGUGUGUCCAGCUGCCACCCAGCCUGCCUGCUGACACCCCCCCGGACUGUGACUCCACGCCCGCAGUCGCCCUGUCGCUGUGCGGGGGCCUGAGGGGCAGCAAGCAGAUCUCCCACGAGAAGUUCAUGGAGCACAUGGUUUCCUACCAGCAGUUUGCUGAGAAUCCAAGGCUCGUCAAUGACCCGAACCUGGUGAUACUGAUCAACAACAAGUAUUACAACUGGGCAGUGGCUGCUCCCAUGGUCCUGUCCCUGCAGGCUUUCCACAGGAGCAUUCCUGAGAGCAUCAUUGACGACCUGGUGAAGGAGAAGAUGCCCAAGAAAGGCAGAAGGUGGUGGUUCUGGAGGAGGAGAGAAUUCCCAGCAGAGGAGAAGCAGCCAAAGCCAGGGAAAGCCAAUGAGGGGAUGCUGCAGCCUGACUCUGCUCAGCAGAGGCAGGAGGAAGAAGGGUCAUCCAGUGAUGAUGAGACCCUGCACUCUAGGGACAUGUUGGCAAUAGAGGCCCCUGCUCAGAAGCCUCUGCCAACCUACAAGAAAUCCCUGCGGCUCUCCUCUGAACAAAUUGAAAGGUUGAAUCUGCAGGAUGGCCCCAACGAGGUGGCAUUCAGUGUGACGACUCAGUACCAGGGCACGUGUCGCUGCGAGGCCACCAUCUACCUGUGGAACUGGGACGACAAGGUGGUGAUCUCGGACAUCGACGGCACCAUCACCAAGUCAGAUGCUCUUGGGCACAUCUUGCCUCAUCUGGGUAAAGACUGGACUCAUCACGGGAUUGUUAAACUCUUCCACAAAAUCCACCUGAAUGGCUACAAGUUCCUCUACUGCUCGGCCAGGGCGAUUGGCAUGGCCCACAUCACCAAAGGCUACCUCAAAUGGGUCAACGAGCAAGGCUGUGCCCUCCCCAGGGGCCCCAUCCUGCUCGCCCCCAGCAGCCUCUUCUCUGCCUUCCACAGGGAGGUGAUUGAGAAGAAGCCAGAGGUGUUCAAGAUCGCCUGCCUGCGGGACAUCCAAAACCUGUUUGCCACAAAGUGUCCCUUCCACGCAGCCUUUGGGAACAGGCCCAAUGAUGUCUACGCGUACAAGCAGGUGGGGCUGCCGGAGAGCCGCAUAUUCACCGUCAACCCGCGGGGAGAGCUGAUGCAGGAGCUCACCAAGAACAACAAGUCAACGUACGAGCGGCUGUCGGAGCUGGUGGAGCUCAUCUUCCCUCCCCUGGAACAGAGUGGGAGAGCUGGUCUGGCAUGCCCAGAGUACAGCCACUUUUCCUACUGGAGACCUCCACUGCCUGAUGUUGACUUGGAUGCUGCCUUCUAACCCCAUUCCCUGUGGAGGUCUGACCCAGGGUGUCCUGGGUGUCCUUUGCCAGGACUGAACGCUCCAGCUGCAGCUCUUCCCCGUUUCUGCUCAGGCAUUUUGCACUUGUAAUAGAGGUCAUGAUGGCUAAAGGGAGUAAAAGGGAGCUCUGACUCUACAAAACCUCCAGUUGCUGAACUAAAACUCCUGUAAGCUGGGUCUCUUCUAAUGUUUGUAACCCCUCUAAAGCCUGGCCCUUUUUGAGAGGUGGUGAUUGGUCACUGUUAUAUUUAUUGAUGAGCCUCUGGUAUAGCUAUUGCUACCUCCAG